GGUGACCAGGGUCAGGCUGGCCUUCCCGGCCCCCCGGGGCCCCCUGGAUCACCAGGUCCUAGAGGACCAUCUGGGAACACAGGGAAGGAUGGGCCCAGAGGUCACCCUGGGGAGCAGGUAAGACAGCCCCUCUCUCAUCCAUGUCACUACAGUCAUCAGUCAGAAGAGGACUGGCCACCACUCUUCCUAGGUUCCUGCCUUCUAGGGAGUUUUUCCUCACCACUGUGCUUCUGCCUUUGCAUUGCUUGCUCUUUGGGGUUUUAGGCUGCGUAUCUGUAAAGCACAUUGUAACACAUGCUGAUGUCUAAAGGGCUUAAAAAAUCAAUUUGAUUAAUUGAUUUAUCUCACUCCCCGCUGAAAAAACCCCAGCAUAAACUAGCAUGGUCUGGAGACCAGACUUCGUUGUGUUUUCACUGGAGACCAGCCUACAUUGUGUUUUCGCCGGAGACCAGCCUUCGUUGAAUUUUAGACACAUAAGCUGGCCACCAGCAUACCAGUAUAUGCUGGUCAUCCGCAAAACCAGCAUCAAGUCACAUUAUGCUGGCUUGCAACGUGAUGUCUAAUCCUAUUGAAAUCCAGCCUAACUGGGGAUAUCAACAAAUUUGAAUUUGUAUUCACCACAAUCUGCAUUCAGAAUGACUGCCAGGGUUAGAAAGAUGAAUGAAUGAGACUACCUAAACCAUCUAAACUGGAACAACCAUUUCAGUAACGGGUGCAAUAAGUCCAACUAACAGAUUAGAUUAGUUUAGAAAAAUCUAUGCUAUUUAUCUUUGUGUAGCAUGAAAGGUGAAAUAAAUACAAUUUUAUAAAUGUCUAGUAGUUAUGUCUAGAUUAUUUUGGGAAGUUCUGGAUAGUAUACAGAUACUAUAAACAGGCUCCAUUGUGGGACCACAAUUGCUUUGCAGCAUGUUCAGGAUUUCUUUCAAAAGCAAGUCAGUAUACCGAAUAAACUAGAUAUCCUAAAUAGUGUUGUGUUUGCAUUGGGUCAAAUAGGCUAUACAGCACUAACUCAACCAGCCAGGAGUACCUGUAGGUGACGAUGGGGGAGAGUGGCUGAUCAAUUGUUUCAUCCAGGAGAUAGGUUUCAUCUGAGCAGUUCCAGCAUGUGUAAAGCCACUUAACCAUAACUGACUAGAGCAUUCAAAGACAAUAGCCAUAGAAAAAAAUAAUUAUUAAAAAUGCAAAAAAAAAUACCAUAAAUCCAGAACAGGUCUACACAAUAUGUUCAGGGUAACAUCCAUGAACGUGUGGUAGCAUUAGCCAGCCCUAAACCAGAUAACACUAUCAUAACAACAUGGUAUGGGGCAGAGAGAAAAUGUGCUCUUUUAGAGCUAAUUUUCAGUAAUAAUACUAAAAAAAAUUAUAAUGGCUUAUGACAUGUUUGUUCCCAAGAUUGAGACCAGGAAAACAGAUAAUGUUUCCUGUAAAACUGGAGAAAUGAUGAGACAAGAGAAAGUUUCAGGAAAAGAUCUCUCAAUAGAAUUUCAUAAACAUAUGUGUCAAGGGUCAAUUAUCUGGUUUUUCUACAUUGCUUUGUAGAAAAAUAUAAAUUCACAUACUUGCAUAUCCUAUGUUCAGUCUCGUUAACAGUACAUAUAGCUAUUGCUAUUCAAUGAAUUAGUAUCUGUACCAAAAUAAUGGCUAUUCACUUACAAAGGGUAUGCUAUCUUGUAUGUAUGUUUUUCCAACACAUCUCAACAGGUUACCCACUGUAGUAAUGUAAACAUAAAUGUUACCCAAUGCUUCACGAUCGCCCACAAUGACCCCCACUAGCCCUGCUAACAGUAAAAUACAUUUAUACAUUAACAGCUAAGCAUAUAGACCUGUGUGAAGCUAGUGACAAUAAUGAUUAGCCACAAGUGGAAAUUUCGUUUUGCCUUCAAAAUAAAAGUCCCCCAUUGAAAGUGAUUGAAACUGAUACAAAUAUUGGAAUCAUGACAUAUUUGGACUAGAUAAUGCUAAACAAGGUCGAAAUGUUGUUAUAUAAAUUCAACAUAAGACAAUAAUUAGUUAAUUUUGACAAAUAAAUAAAAAUUUGUUGAAAUCCCACUGUUGCUGUAUUAGACUUUAGAAUUGCAUUGGGAGCAUACUUAAAUGCACUGUACAGCCUUAUCUAUGGACCUUGGGUCCAUGAAAUGGGGGUAUCCACCUACAUGCACAGAUUACACUUCUAAAGAGUUUACACAAAUAUUAGCGUCCUAGCUCAUAUAAGGGAACUUUAACUGUGGGAAAUCGCCUCACUAUACAGCCUAUUGUGUGUAUUGACAUUCAUAUUGCAAUGUACAGCCUUACUUAUGGCUCUUGGUCCAUAAAUAUUAGCUACAAUGCUAAAUUUAGUGAAACCCACAGAUUACAAUACUGAAGAGUUUACACAGAGUAGGCUGAUACCGAUGGAUCUUGGGUACACGAAAUGGGGUAAGGCUGUACAUUGCAAUAUGAAUGUUCUGUACAUAGUAGGUUGACUGGUGAGCUUAAUGUGGCUCAUUUCACACCGGUUUCAGAGUCACGCAAUUAGUGCUACGACGCUAAUAUUUUUGAAAACUCUUCACAGUUGUGUUCUGUGGGUGUCACUGAGUAGGCUGAUACCCCAAUUCAUGGACCCAAGAACUAUAGGUACGUCUGUAAAGUGCAUAUAAGUCUCCCCCAAUGCAAUUCUAAAGUCUAAUACAUCCACGGCGCGAUUUCAACAGAUUUGUACUUAUUGUUUGUUGACAAAUUAACUAAUUAUUGUCUUUUGUGGAAUUUAUAUAACAACAUUCUGAACUUGUUCAGCAUUAUCUAGAGCAAAUAUGGCAUGAUUCCACAAUUUGUAUCAGUUUGAAUCACUUUCAACUUUUAUUUUGAAGGCGAAGUGCAAAUUCCACCAGUGUGGCUAAUCCUUAUUGUGGCUAGCUUCACACAGGUAGCAUAUAGCUAGUGCUAAACUAGCGCUUAGCAUGACGCUAGCUAGCGAACUUUCGAACCAUGUAUCAUCUGCAUAUACAGUGCAUUCGGAAUGAAUUCAGAUUCCUUGACCUUUUCCACAUUUUGUUACGUUACAGCCUUAUUCUAAAAUGGAUUACAUUGGGGUUUUUCCACAUCAAUCUACACACAAUACCCCAUAAUGACGAAGCAAAAACAGGUUUUCAAUUUUUUUUGCAAACUUAUUAAAAAUUAAAUACUGAUAUCACAUUUACGUAAGUAUUCAGACCCUUUACUCAGUGCUUUGGAAGCUAUUAAAGCCAUGAGUCUUCUGGGGUAUGACGCUACAGGCUUGGCACACCUGUAUUUGGGGAGUUUCUCUCAUUAUUUUCUGCAGAUCCUCUCAAGCUCUGUCAGGUUGGAUGGGGAGUGUCGCUGCACAGCUAUUUUCAGGUCUCUCCAGAGAUGUUAGAUCAGGUUCAAGUCCGGGCUCUGGCUGGGCCACUCAAGGACAUUCAGAGAUUUGUCCAGAAGCCACUCCUGCGUUGUCUUGGCUGUGUGCUUAGGGUUGUUGUCCUGUUGGAAGGUGAACCUUUGCCGCAGUCUGAGGUCCUGAGCGCUCUGGAGCAGGUUUUCAUCAAGGAUCUCUCUGUACUUUGCUCCGUUAAUCUUACCCUCGAUCCUGACUAGUCUCCCAGUCCCUGCCGCUGAAAAUCCCCACAGCAUGAUACUGCCACCACCAUGCUUCACCAUGCUCAACACAAUCCUGUCUCUGAGCUCUACAGACAAUUCCUUCGACCUCAUGGCUUGGUUUUUGCUAUGACAUGCACUGUACAACUGUGGGACCUUACUGUGCCUUCUGAAAAUAUUUAGACCCCUUGACUUUUUCCGCAUUGUUACGUUACAGCCUUAUUAUAAGAUUGAUUAAAUAAAGAAAUCCUCAGCAAUCGAAACACAUUAACCCAUAAUGACAAAGCAAAAACAGGUUUUUACAAUUUUUUUGAAAUGUAUUAAACCUAAAAAACUGAAAUACAUUAUUAAAUAAGUAUUUAGACCCUUUGCUAUGAGACUCGAAAUUAAGCUCAGGUGCAUCUUGUGGUAAAUUCAAUUGAUUGGACAUGAUCUGGAAGGGCACAUACCUGUCUAUAUAAGGUCCCACAGUUGAUAGUGCAUAUCUGAGCAAAACCAAGCCAUGAGGUUGAAGGAAUUGUCCGUAGACAGGAUUGUGUCGAGGCACAGAUCCGUGGAAGGGUGCCAAAACAUUUCUGCAGCAUUGAAGGUCCCCAAGAACACAGUGGCCUCCAUCUUUCUUAAAUGGAAGAAGUUUGGAACCACCAAGAAUCUUCGUAGAGCUGGGCCGCCCGGUCAAACUGAGCAAUCGGGGGAGAAGGGCCUUGGUCUGGGAGGUGACCAAGAACCCGAUGGUCACUCUGACAGAGCUCUGGAGUUGCUCUGUGGAGAUGGGAGAACCUUCCAGAAGGACAACCAUCUCUGAAGAACUCCACCAAUCAGGCCUUUAUGGUAGAGUGGCCAGACGGAAGCCACUCCUCAGUAAAAGGCACAUGACAGCCUGCUUGGAGUUUGCCAAAAGGCACCUAAAGACUAUCAGACCAUGAGAAACAAGAUUCUCUGGUCUGAUGAAACCAAGAUUGAACUCUUUGGCCUGAAUACCAGGUGUCAUGUCUGGAGGAAACCUGGCACCAUCCCUACGGUGAAGCAUGUUGGUGGCAGCAUCAUGCUGUGGGGAUGGUUUUACAGCGGCAGGGACUGGGAGACUAGUCAGGAUCGAGGGAAAGAUUAACGGAGCAAAAUACAGAGCGCUCAGGACCUCAGACUGAGGCAAAGGUUCACCUUCCAACAGGACAACAACCCUAAGCACACAGCCAAGACAACGCAGGAGUGGCUUCAGGACAAGUCUCUGAAUGUCCUUGAGUGGUCCAGCCAAAGCACGGACUUGAACCCGAUCUAACAUCUCUGGAGAGACCUGAAAAUAGCUGUACAGCAACGCUCCCUAUCCAACCUGACAGAGCUUGAGAGGAUCUGCAGAGAAGAAUGGGAGAAACUCCCCAAAUACAGGUAGCGUCAUACCCAAGAAAGAAGACUUGAUGCUGUAAUAGCUGCCAAAGGUGCUUCAACAAUGUACUGAGUAAAGGCACUGAAAACCUGUUUUUGCUUUGUCUUUAUGGGGUAUUGUGUGUAAAUUGAUGAGGGAAAAAAAACAAUUUAAUCAAUUUUAGAAUAAGGCUGUAACGUAACAAAAUGUGGAAAAGGUCAAGGUGUCUGAAUACUUUCCGAAGGCACUGUAUAUAGACAGGUGUGUGCCUUUCCAAAUCAUGUCCAAUCAAUUGAAUUUACCAAAGGUGGACACCAAUCAAGUUGCAGAAACAUCUCAAGGAUGAUCAAUGGAAACCUGAGCUCAAUUUCGAGUCUCAUAGCAAAUGGUCUGAAUACUUAUGUAAAUAAGGUAUCAGUUAUUUUUUAAUACAUUUGCAAAAAUGUCUAAAAACCUGUUUUCGCUUUGUCAUUAUGGGGUAUUGUGUGUAGACUGAUUAGGAAAAUUUGUAACUUCAUCCAUUUUGGAAUAAGGCAGUAAUGUAACAAAAUGUGGAAAAGGUGAUGGGUUCGGAUACUUUCCGAAUGCACUGUAAAUGGAUGACAGAGCUUCCUACUGCCUGAGCUAUGUUGUUGAUGUAAAUUGAGAAGAGCUUGGGGCCUAGGAUCGAGCCUUGGGGUACUAUCUUGGUGACAGGCAGUGGCUGACACAGCAGAUGUUCUGACUUUACACAUAGCACUCUUUGAGAUACACUACCAGUCAAAAGUUUGGACACACCUACUCAUUCAAGGGUUUUUCUUUAUUUUACAUUGUAGAAUGUGAAACAGUGAAGACAUCAAAACUAUGAAAUAACACAUAUGGAAUCAUGUAGUAACCAAAAAAGGGUUAAACAAAUCAAAAUAUAUUUUAUAUUUGAGAUUCUUCAAAUAGCCACCCUUUGCCUUGAUGACAGCUUUGCACACUCUUGGCAUUCACUCAAACAGCUUCAUGAGGUAGUCACCUGGAAUGCAUUUCAAUUAACAGGUGUGCCUUAUUAAAUGUUAAUUUGUGGAAUUUAUUUCCUUCUUAAUGCGUUAGAGCCAAUCAGUUGUGUUGUGACAAGGUAGGGGUGGUGGUAUACAGAAGAUAGCCCUAGUUGGUAAAAGACCAAGUCCAUAAUAUGGCAAGAACAGCUCAAAUAAGCAAAGAGAAACGACAGUCCAUCAUUACUUUAAGACAUGAAGGUCAGUCAAUCCAGAACAUUUCAAAAACUUUGAACGUUUCUUCAACUGCAGUCGCAAAAACCAUCAAGUGCAUGAUUAAACUGGCUCUCAUGUGGACCACCACAGGAAUGGAAGACCCAGAGUUACCUCUGCAGCAGAGGAUAACUUCAUUAUCGUUACCAGCCUCAGAAAUUGCAGCCCAAAUAAAUGCUUCACAGAGUUCAAGUCACAGACACAUCUCAACAUCAACUGCUCAGAGGGGACUGUGUGAAUCAGGCCUUCAUGGUCGAAUUGCUGCAAAGAAACCAGUAGUAAAGGACAUCAAUAAUAAGAAGAGACCUGCUUGGGCCAACAAACAUGAGCAAUGGACAUUAGACCGGUGGAAAUGUGUCCUUUGGUCUGGAGUCCAAAUUUGAGAUUUUCUUUCUCCAACCGCCGUGUCUUUGUGAGACGCAGUGUGGGUGAACGGAUGAUCUCUGCAUGUGUAGUUCCCACCGUAAAGCAUGGAGGAGGAGGUGUUAUGGUGUGGGAGUGCUUUGCUGGUGACACUGUCUCUGAUUUAUUUAGAAUUCAAGGUAUACUUAACAAGCAUGGCUACCACAGCAUUCAGAGUGAUGGAGUGCAGCAUCAGAUGACUUGGCCUCCACAAUCCCCUGACCUCAACCCAAUUGAGAUGGUUUGGGAUGAGUCGGACGGCAGAGUGAAGGAAAAGCAGCCAACAAGUGCUCAGCAUAUGUGGGAACACCUUCAAGACUGUUGGAAAUGCAUUCCAGGUGAAGCUGGUUGAGAGAAUGCCAAGAGUGUGCAAAGCUGUCAUCAAGGCAAAGGAAGAUUUGAAGAAUCUCAAAUCUCAAAUAUAUUUUGAUUUCUUUAACACUUUUUUGGUUACUACCUGAUUCCAUAUGUAUUAUUUCAUAGUUUUGAUGUCUUCACUAUUAUUCCACAAUAUAGAAAAUAGUACAAAUAAAGAAAAACCCUUGAAUGAGUAGAUGUGUCCAAACUUUUGACUGGUACUGUAGGUAGUUAGCAAACCAGGCCAAAGACCCCUCAGAGACACCAAUACUCCUUAGCCGACCCACAAGAAUGGAAUGAUCUACCGUAUAAAAAGCUUUGGCCAAGUCAAUAAAAAUAGCAUCACAACAUUGCUUAGUAUUAAGGGCAGUAGUGAAAUCAUUUAGGACCUUUAAGUGACACAUCCAUAACUUGAGUGGAAACCAGAUUGCAUAUCAGAGAGAAUACUAUAGACAUCAAGAAAGCCAGUAAGUUGAUUAUUGACAAGUUUUUCCAGCUCUUUUGAUUAACAGGGCAAGAUAUAAAUUGGCCUAUAACAGUUAGGAUCAGCUUGAUCUCCCCCUGUAAAUAAAGGAUGCACCGGGGCUGUCUUCCAAGCACUGGGAACCUCUCCAGAGAGGAGAGACAGGUUAAAAAGGCGAGAGAUAGGCUCGGCAAUGAUAGGGGCAGCAACCUUAAAGAAGAAUGGAUCUAAACCAUCUGACCCAGAUGUUUUUUGGGGGUCAAAUUUAAGGAGCUCCUUUAGCACCUUAGACUCAGGGAGAAGCUGUGUAGCGGGGCAGGGGAAAAAGAGGGAGGGGCAUCAGGGCUAGUUGCUUUACAUGCUGACUAGACCGGGCACGCUCUUGCGCCAUCGCGCGCAUGUUGAUUCUGUCCAUCCACACCAGCUGCGAACAGGACACGCAGGUUGAAAUAUCAAAACGAACUCUGAACCAACUAUAUCAAUUUGGGGACAGGUUGAAACAUGUGAAACAUUCAUGAACAUUUAGCUAGCUAGCUUGCUGUUGCUAGCUAAUUUGUGCUGGGAUAUAAACAUUCGGUGGUUAUUUUACCUGAAAUGCACAAGGUCCUUUUUUUCCUGGAUCUUUGUAGAAUUUUGACCCAUUCUGAGUCACACAAAAUUGUGUGUUCUCUACUCUGACAAUUAAUCCACAGAUUAAAGGGGAAACCUAGUUAGUUUCUAGUAAUCUCUCCUUCUUCUUCUUCUGUGGACUUUAUAUGGCAGUUGGCAACCAACUUUAAGGUGCAUUACCACCACUAACUGGACUGGAGUGUGGACCUCAGUUCAGCUUUCAAUCACCCACGUGGGUAUAUGCUCCUAAAAAUCAAUGAGGAGAUGGGAGAGGCGGGACUUGCAGUGCAUCAAGCGUCAAAAAUAGAACUAAGUUAUAUUUUAGAGCCUGGCUAUGCAGACGCUCGUUGACGCGCGCGAGCAGUAGGGAUGAAAUGAUUGAAUAACAUGUAUGUGUACAUUUAUUUUGCAAAGCUCGCGUGCGCAACACGGGCGGUGUGGUUAGCAUGUUAGAAGGGCUGGGAGAUAAGGAAGUGUUGGGCGGGCAAGGAGGCGUGGCUGUGUCAAAUAGGAAUCCUGACUUAAUGAAGUGGUGAUUAAAGAGCUCAGCCAUACACAACCAUAACAACCACAUCAUCAACAUUAAGGGACAUGGGCAGCUGUGAGGAGGAGGGUUUAUUCUCCAGGUCUUUCACCGUUUUCCAGAACUUCUUGGGAUUAGACCUACAGAGAGAGAACUGCUCCUUAAAGUAACUAACUUUGGCCUUCCGGAUAGCCUGAGUGCACUUAUUUCUCAUUUGCCUGAAAGACAGCUAGUCAGAGUAUUUGUGUCAUAAGCUUUUCUUGAGGUUCCGUAACUCUGCCAGAUCACGGUCGAACCAGGGGCUGAACCUGUACCAAUUUGAUUUUAUUCCAUGUUAAAUCCUAUAAUGGGGAGACUUAGCAUUUUCUAGCUUGGACAAAAACAACUUAACAAAUACACUUUAAAUGUCACACAACCCAUGAAAUAGUUAGUGAAACAUGUUGUUAUCUUACUGUUUCAAGGUAUAUUUUGUAUAGUUACACAUUACAAACCUGUAAAACAGGAGAAAUUAUGAGACGAGAAAAUGUACUGGUUUCAGAAAAAGUUCUGUCAAUAGAAUGAGGAAGUGAGGUCACGAUCACCAGUGUAAAGGCCACCAAACAACAGUUCUGUUGGCUCCACCUAGUGGUACCAAUACCUUUCAGGGCAUAUUAAUGCAUAAACCUGGAGGAUUCCAAUAAUGAAAUCAAAGUAAUACAAGUUAUGGCUCACAUAUAAUAAAACAAUUUCUUAAAAAUCAAAAACACAUUAAAUCAAUACAAAACUGUGACCAUACAUUUUGUGUGCGUCACAUAUUCAUAUGGUACAGUAGCUGUGGGGGAGGGAGUAUGUGCUACGCCAGUGACCGAGAGGUUGUGUGUUCAAAUCCCAAGUGAGGUGGACUCCCAAGCGUAUUUUGAUGGUCUGCAAAACCACGCAUGUCAUUAUCAUAUUUCCCAGCAUGCUCUACUGCAGUUAGAUUUUUAUAAUUGUUUCUUAUAAUAUCUGUGUUUUUGCAUGUACAUUGAUUGACAGUGGCAUACCACAGAUUCGCGGGCCCUCCUGCAAGGUCUGAGCAAGGUAUAGCUAAUCUCAUGCUAUUCUACACAUUUUGCAAUGAGGCUGGGAGAAUUUCAAAUUUUUCAAGCUAAUUACCUGCUAUUCUAUACAGUCCUCUGUAGCUCAGCUGGUAGAGCACGGCGCUUGUAACGCCAAGGUAGUGGGUUCGAACCCCGGGACCACCCAUACACAAAAAAAUAAAUAAUUAUGCACGCAUGACUGUAAGUCGCUUUGGAUAAAAGCGUCUGCUAAAUGGCAUAUUAUUAUUUAUCUUAUUAUUAUUUUGCCAUGAGGCUGAGAGAAAAGAUCCUGUGGGCCCCCCGCCUUGCGUGGGCUGCGGGGGUGUGCUGUACACAAGUGUUGAUUGAUUAAUUAGUCAAUUAAUGUAUCUUAUGCUAUGCAAAGAUAAAUAACAUACAUUUUUAUAACUAAUCCAAUCUGUUAGUUGGACUUAUUUCACCCGUUACUGAAAUGGUUGUUACAGUUUAGAUGGUUUAGGUAGUCUCAUUCAUUCAUUCAUUCAUCUUUCUAACCCUGGCAGUAAUUCUGAAUACAGAUUGUGGGAAUCCACUCUGGCUGGAUUCCAAUAGGAUUUAAACAUCACUUUGCAAGCCAGCAUAAUGUGACUUGAAUGUGUGUCCAAAUACAGCGAAGGCUGGUCACCAGUGAACACACAAAGAAGGCUGGUAUGCCAGCAUAACCAGCUAGACCAUGCUGGUCAGACCACCUUGACCAGCUAGACCAUGCUGGUCUGCCAGCAUAACCAGCUAGACCAUGCUGGUUGGCCAGCAGAACCAGUUAGACCAUGCUGGUCAGACCAGCUUGACCAGCAUCAGACUAGCACUGACCAGCAUAAACCAGCAUGGAUCAGCAUAUGGUGGUAGGAGAGAUAAAAAAGGAUCCUCAGCUCAGUUGGCCUUUUCUGGUGGUUCAGGCGGAUAGAAAGGAACUCGAAUAUCGUUAAUCAGUGAAAUGCAGAAUAGUUCAGUACACAAAGCCAACCAUUCAUUUCCUUUCACUCUCUUUGUCUAGCUUUCCUACUGAAUGAAAGAGAAUCUGAUUCAUUCCAGCCAGGACAGCUCUGAGAUGAGGUCAAUCACAUCGCUCUCCAUAUUGCCAGCAGAUGUUUCUAGAUCAACAAGCAGCGAGGCCAUUUCCUGUUGUUGUCUCUCUAAUUAUGUUUAUCUUAGCUUACUGAAACCACCUCGUUAGGAGCUAGAGGAGAGCAACCGGUGGUGGGUCUGCCAUGUCUUGUCAUCUUCUCCGCACAUGUGGUGGUGAAGGCAAGACAGGACAGACAGUUGUCCUGGUAACUAGUUUUGUGUCAAAAUAUGUAGUUUUGUGUACAAAACAUUAAGGACACCUUCCUAAUAUUGAGUUGCACCCGCCCUCAGAACAGUCUCAAUUCGUUGGGGCAUGGACUGUACAAGGUGUUGAAAGCGCUCCACAGGGAUGCUGGCCCAUGUUGACUUGAAUGCUUUCCACAGUUGUGUCAAGUUGGCUGGAUGUCCUUUGGGUGGUGGACCUUUCUUGAUACAAAUGGGAAACUGUUGAGCGUGAAAAACCCAGCAGUGUUGCAGUUCUUGACACAAACCAGUGCGCCUGGCACCUACUAUCAUACACCAUUCAAAGGCACAUACAUCUUUUGUCCAUGUCUCCUCUAAAGGCUUGGAAAUCCUUCUUUAACCUGUCUCCUCCCCUUCAUCUACAGGGAUUGAAGUGGAUUUAACAAGUGACAUCAAUAAGGGAUCAUAGCUUUCACCUGGAUUGACCUGGUCAGUCUAUGUCAUGGAAAGAGCAGGUGUCCUUAAUGUUUUGUACAAUCAGUGUAUAUUUUACCUUUAGACCUCCUUGUUAAAGGAGAGUGAUUAACAGGGGAGCAACAUUCACUGGGGACAUGUCUAAAACCAAAGUUGCGCCCCUGGUGAUUAAUUUUAUCUCACUAGAGCUGGAAAAAAUUGCUAUUAUUAUUUUGCUUUGCAUUUUGUUGUGUUGCUCUAUAAAUGUAUAUCGUUCUAAUUAGCAAAAAUACCAUCUCAGUAGAUGCAACAGAAACACUUCACUCAUUUACUAGAGUACCUAACACUUUUGUUGUAUUUGUAUAAAUAAUGCCAUCUAGUGGAUGAUAAAGAAUGGCGCCGGAGAGGUUGGAUGCCGUUUUACGGGCUCCUAACCAACUGUGCUAUUUUGUUAGUUGUUAUGUGUUGUUUGUAACUUAUUUUGUACAUGAUGUUGCUGCUACCAUCUCUUAUGACCGAAAAGAGCUUCUGGACAUUAGAACAGCGAUUACUCACCUCGAACUGGACAAAGAUUUGUUCUUUAACGAGUCUGACGCGAAGGAUAUACUGCUUUCUCGAGACCAGGCCCAAAUCCCUGUCAUUUGCGUGAAGAAAAGAUGGAGAAAAAGGGGGCGGAGGUCGGGCUGCCUUUUGAGAAUUCGUAGGCGAGUGAGUAAACCUCCACUACCAUACGUUCUAUUGGCCAACGUGCAAUCAAUGGAAAACAAAAUGGACGAUCUACGAUUAAGACUAUCCUACCAACGGGACAUGAAAAACUGUAAUUUCACCGAGUCGUGGCUGAACAACGACAUGGAUAAUAUAGAGCUGGCUGGGUUUUCGGCAGGACAGAGAAGCUACGUCUGGUAAGACAAGGGGGGUGUGUGUGUGUCUAUUUGUCAGUAACAGAUGGUGCGCAAUGUCUAAUAUUAAAGCAGUCUCGAGGUAUUGCUCAUGUCGUGGAAAUUCUAAUCAAUAAUGAGGAGAGACAAGGUCAAUCACUAAUCAGGAUAUUACUUUAUUCAAAAUGUAUUAAUAAGGUAGUAAGUGAGACUGUUGGGUUGAGAGCUCUGACAUACAGACAAUACAAAUAUAUUUUAUAGUGAAUAUACACCUUCUCAGUCUACAUGACAAACAGCAGAUGUGUGGAAUGAGUCAAAAGGUUAGGAUUUGUAUGAAAUAAAUGAAUAAUUCACAGCAGACAGUAUCUGCGGUGAAGACUGUUCUCAUUGUAUGGAAACCAGGGUUUGGCCCCCAAGACAAGGUUCUUAUCAACAUUAUCCAUACCCGAGCCAUCUCUCCCUGGUACCUUACAUUACACUAACACCAAUUCAGUCUAUGAAAAUGCAGGCUCAGUCAGACCAGAGACAUCUCCCUUUCACACACCAUUAAUCAUGAAAUGGAAUGUGGCUGUUGGUUUUAUCACCUAGCCAUCCUUAAAUCAAUUGCCAGGCCCAGCUUCAGAGGCUCCUCUCAGUUCACACAGACACAGAAGAGAGAGUUCCUAAGAACCCUAUUCUAUUGCAUAAAACAGUAUUAAACAUAAUCUUGUAAUUUUUCCACCAUUCUCGCCUGAGGUAGAGUACCUCAUGAUUAGCUGUAGACCACACUAUCUACCAAGAGAGUUCUCAUCUAUAUUAUUCGUAGCUGUCUAUUUACCACCACAAACCGAUGCUGGCACUAAGACCGCACUCAAUGAGCUGUAUAAGGCCAUAAGCAAACAAGAAAAUGCUCAUCCAGAAGCGGCGCUCCUAGUGGGUGGGGACUUUAAUGCAGGCAAACUUAAAUCAAUUUUACCUAAUUUCUACCAGCAUGUGUACUUUACUCCACACACGGAGACGCAUACAAAGCUUUCCCUCUCCAUCCAUUUGGCAAAUCUGACCAUAAUUCUAUCCUCCUGAUUCCUGCUUACAAGCAAAAACUAAAGCAGGAAGUACCAGUGAUUCGCUCAAUACAGAAGUGGUCAGAUGACGCGGAUGCUACGCUACAGGACUGUUUUGCUAGGACAGACUAGAAUAUGUUCCGGGAUUCAUCCAAUGACAUUGAGGAGUAUACCACCUUAGUCACCGGCUUCAUCAAUAAGUGCAUCGACGACGUUGUCCCCAAAGUGACCGUACGUACAUAUCCCAACCAGAAACCAUGGAUUUCAGGCAACAUCCGCAUCGAGCUAAAGGCUAGUGCUGCCGCUUUCAAGAAGCGGGACACUAAUCCGGAGGCUUAUAAGAAAUCCCGCUACGCCCUCAGACGAACCAUCAAAACAGGCAAAUUGUCAAUACAGGAUUAAGAUUGAAUCCUACUACACCGGCUUUGAUGCUCUUCGGAUGUGACAGGGCUUGAAAACUAUUACGCACUACAAAGGGAAACCCUUUGAAGUCCCCUCCUGUACUCCCUGUUCACCCACGACUGCGUGGCCAAACACGACUCCAACACCAUCAUUAAGUUUGCUGAUGACACAACAGUGGUAGGCCUGAUCACCGACAACGAUGAGACAGCCUAUAGGGAAGAGGUCAGAGAUCUGGCAGUGUGGUGCCAGGACAACAACCUCUCCCUCAAUGUGAGUAAGACAAUGGAGCUGAUCGUGGACUACAGGAAAAGGUGGGCCGAACAGGCCCCCUUAACAUCAACGGGGCUGUAGUGGAGCAGGUCGAGGGUUUCAAGUUCAUUGGUGUCCACAUCACCAACAAACUAUCAUGGUCCAAACACACCAAGACAGUCGUGAAGAGGGCACGACAACACCUUUUCCCCCUCAGGAGACUGAUUUGGCAUGGGUCCCCAGAUCCUCAAAAAGUUCUACAGCUGCACCAUCGAGAGCAUCCUGACCGUUUGCAUCACCGCCUGGAAUUGCAACUGCUCGGCAUCUGACCGUAAGGCGCUACAGAGGAUAAUGCGUACGGCCCAGUACAUCACGGCCCAAGCUUCCUGCCAUCCAGGACCUAUAUACUAGGCGGUGUCAGAGGAAGGCCCCAAAAAAUUGUCAAAGACUCCAGUCACUCAAGUCAUAGACUGUUCUCUCUGCUCCCGCAUGGCAAGCGGUACCGGAGCGCCAUGUCUAGGACCAAAAGGCUCCUUAACAGCUUCUACGUUCAAGCCAUAAGACUGCUGAACAAUUAAUCAAAUGGCCACCCGGACUAUUUACAUUGACACCUCCCCCUCCCUUUGUUUUUAAACUGCUGCUACUCGCUGUUUAUUAUUUAUGCAUAGUCACUUUACCCCUACCCACAUGUACAAAUUACCUCGACUAACCUGUACCCCCGCACAUUGACUCGGUACUGGUACCCCCUGUAUAGAGCCUCGUUAUUGUUAUUUUAUUAUGUUAUUUAAAAAAAUAUAUAUAUACAGUACCAGUCAUGGUACACCUGUUGAAUUCAGCGCAUGUGACAAAUAACAUUUGAUUUGAUUUUUGCAAUUGAAUUGCCCCGCUCUUCAAUUUGGUCCAUCUUUACUUGUUGAUGUUUUAUUAAACUUGAGGUUUCCUUCACAGGGUCCACCUGGUCGAGAUGGAACUGAUGGAUUAGAGGUAGCCUAUGUUUCAAAUAUUAUUUUGUAUUUCUGAUAUAAUAAGGUGCACACACACCAACACUCUCUCUCCCACACACACACAUACUCACACAUCACAUCACGGUAUUCACUUUCCUUGAGCCCUACUCUUUUAUUUAAAUUUUAAAAAAUUGUCAUUUUAGCAGACACUCUUAUCCAGAGUGACUUACAGUUAGUGAGUGCAUACAUUCCCUACUCUUUGUUUCAUGUUUCUUUUUCUUUUUGGUUAGUCUGGUAUUGUUUUAGAUAGUUGUUUCUUGCUUUUCUUUUAUACAAUUGUAAAGCAACUUGGGUCCUUGAAAAGCGCUAUAUAAAUACCAUGCAUAUGGCCCAAAUCAUUCUGAUAAUGUGUCCUCUUUACACAGGGACAAAUGGGUCCUCCUGGACGACAGGUAAAAUAUCCACAUUUCUCAUGCAGACACACUUCCACACAUACCGGUAUACAUGUAUACUAUGUAUGUAGCCUACACUCUCAGAAAUAAGGGUACGGUUAGGCUACUGUAUUAUUCCCUGGGGGUACAAAAACAUCAAAGUACACAUAAUAUACCUUCAGAGGUACACACUAUGAUCUCACAUGGUACUGUUCGGUACCUUUUAGGGUACAUUUUGCAGAUAAAGAUAACAUAUUUUGAAUAUAAAAAGGUACAAUCAUCACACUCUCACUCUCAAAGAAAGGGGUAUGGUGUGAUGGUACAUUUCUUUUUCCCAGAGUACAAACAUAUUUUGUGUACCCUCAAUACCCCCCAUAAGGUACAAUGAACAAUUUUUGCCACCUAAAAGGAACUAACGGCUUUAUUACUGGGGUGGCACCCUAAAAAGGCAAAUUUGUACCAUAAUCAUGAUGAAUUGUUUUUAAUAUAUGUGUUUUUGCAUAUACAGUGGGGGAAAAAAGUAUUUAGUCAGCCACCAAUUGUGCAAGUUCUCCCACUUAAAAAGAUGAGAGAGGCCUGUAAUUUUCAUCAUAGGUACACGUCAACUAUGACAGACAAAUUGAGAAAAAGAAAUCCAGAAAAUCACAUUGUAGGAUUUUUUAUGAAUUUAUUUGCAAAUUAUGGUGGAAAAUAAGUAUUUGGUCACCUACAAACAAGCAAGAUUUCUGGCUCUCACAGACCUGUAACUUCUUUUUUAAGAGGCUCCUCUGUCCUCCACUCGUUACCUGUAUUAAUGGCACCUAUUUGAACUUGUUAUCAGUAUAAAAGACACCUGUCCACAACCUCAAACAGUCACACUCCAAACUCCACUAUGGCCAAGACCAAAGAGCUGUCAAAGGACACCAGAAACAAAAUUGUAGAACUGCAACAGGCUGGGAAGACUAAAUCUGCAAUAGGUAAGCAGCUUGGUUUGAAGAAAUCAACUGUGGGAGCAAUUAUUAGGAAAUGGAAGAUAUACAAGACCACUGAUAAUCUCCCUCGAUCUGGGGCUCCACGCAAGAUCUCACCCCGUGGGGUCAAAAUGAUCACAAGAACGGUGAGCAAAAAUCCCAGAACCACACGGGGGGACCUAGUGAAUGACCUGCAGAGAGCUGGGACCAAAGUAACAAAGCCUACCAUCAGUAACACACUACGCCGCCAGGGACUCAAAUCCUGCAGUGCCAGACGUGUCCCCCUGCUUAAGCCAGUACAUGUCCAGACCCGUCUGAAGUUUGCUAGAGUGCAUUUGGAUGAUCCAGAAGAGGAUUGGGAGAAUGUCAUAUGGUCAGAUGAAACCAAAAUAGAACUUUUUGGUAAAAACUCAACUCGUCGUGUUUGGAGGACAAAGAAUGCUGAGUUGCAUCCAAAGAACACCAUACCUACUGUGAAGCAUGGGGGUGGAAACAUCAUGCUUUGGGGCUGUUUUUCUGCAAAGGGACCAGGACGACUGAUCCGUGUAAAGGAAAGAAUGAAUGGGGCCAUGUAUCAUGAGAUUUUGAGUGAAAACCUCCUUCCAUCAGCAAGGGCAUUGAAGAUGAAACGUGGCUGGGUCUUUCAGCAUGACAAUGAUCCCAAACACACCACCCGGGCAACGAAGGAGUGGCUUCGUAAGAAGCAUUUCAAGGUCCUGGAUUGGCCUAGCCAGUCUCCAGAUCUCAACCCCAUAGAAAAUCUUUGGAGGGAGUUGAAAGUCUGUGUUGCCCAGCGACAGCCCCAAAACAUCACUGCUCUAGAGGAGAUCUACAUGGAGGAAUGGGCCAAAACACCAGCAACCGUGUGUGAAAACCUUGUGAAGACUUACAGAAAACGUUUGACCUGUGUCAUUGCCAAAUUAAGGGUAUAUAACAAAGUAUUGAGAAACUUUUGCUAUUGACCAAAUACUUAUUUUCCACCAUAAUUUGCAAAUAAAUUCAUAAAAAAUCCUACAAUGUGAUUUUCUGGAUAUUUUUUUCUCAUUUUGUCUGUCAUAGUUGACAUGUACCUAUGAUGAAAAUUACAGGCCUCUCUCAUCUUUUUAAGUGGGAGAACUUGCAAAAUUGGUGGCUGACUAAAUACUUUUUUUCCCCACUGUACAUUGAUUGAUUCAUUAAUCAUAUGCUACACAAAGAUAAAUAACAUACAUUUUUCUAAACUAAUCCAAUCAGUUAGUUAGAUUUUUUGCACCGAUUAUUGAAAUGGUUGUCCCAGUUUAAAUGGCUUAGGUAGUCUCCUCACAAUGUAUCUAACCCUGGAAGUUAUUAUGAAUGCAGGUUGUGGGUGAAUCAAAAUUCCAACUGUUGGAUAUCCACACUCUGGCUGGAUUCCAAUAGGAAUUACGUAUCACUUUGCAAGCCAGCAUAAUGUGACUUGCAGGUAGGGUUGCUAAAUUCUGGUAACUUUCCCAAAUUACCCAGGUUUUCCAGAAAUCCUGGUUUGAAAAUUCCUUGAAACUGGAGGGAAUAAGCAGGGCAUCUGGAUUCCUUCAACCAGGAUAUCUGGGAAUUUGGGGAAAUGUACUGGAAUUUUGCAAUGCUACUUACAGGCAUGAUGUGGCUUGUAAACCAUGAGUUUCAGGCCACUGUAUUAGGGUAAAACUUUGUCUCAAAAUAAAGCCUGAUGAGAUAUGUCAUGUAUUGUCAUAAUGAGUUUAAUUUUAAUGGUAACAUUCACCAAGGAACUCAGUUGGUGAAGGUCACAGGACUGAAAAUUCAACAGCCAUGUCUCUGUCACUAACAAAUACAGUCAUGGUUGGUAACUCUACAAUUUACUCGAAAAGGCAAGGCACACUGUGAAAUAAGGGCAAGGCACACUGUGGGGGGUGUGGCUUUCAGUUAGUUAUUUUUGGCCACAUGUGAAUGGAAGUGUUGUACCAGUUAAAGUGGUCUAUUGUAGAGGUACACUUUUAUCACUUACAAGGAACAAAUGGCUUUGUCACUGUGGUGGUACCCUAUAAAGGCAAAAAAGCAUGCUUUUGUACCUGUGGACUAUAUGUAAUGAUGGUACUAUCUGAGGUAUGAACUGGGGUACAAUUACAUGUAUGUACCUAUAACUAAAGGUACAAAGGAUGACCAUACAGGGUACCACGCCAGUGACAAGCGGUUGUACCCCUUUAAGAACAAAUCUAAACCUUUUUCUAAGAGUGUAUAUAACCUGUGGUUAAUUAAUGUUUUUCAAUAAUCUAAAGUCUUGCAGGUAAAUUAACAUGUUCCAAUAAUCUGAUGUCUUGCAGGGUGAGGAUGGACAGCAUGGCAUGCUUGGACCACAGGGGCCUCCAGGGCUAAGGGUGUGAAAUAUUAUUAUUCCUUCCUGUUCCUUCUCUCCCUUCUCUUUCCCUAUCUCACUCUAUCUCCAUGUCUGUGACAGGGGGAGCAGGGGCCUGCUGGUGACCAGGGCAGGAGUGGCCUUGAUGGACUACCAGGGAUGAAGGUAAUGAGGAAGAAUCGUAAAUGGUGUGAAUAUACAGCCAUGUAUCAACUCACAGGGCUUGACCCUGAGACAUGUGGCACUAUGUACUGAUGCACGGGAAUGACAGGCAUGCUGAGGUUCCACUGUGUGUAUUCACUCUAGCUAUGUUCUCGUUCAGGGGGAGAAGGGGGACACAGGAAACACAGGGCCUCAGGGGGACAUGGUGAGUGGCUCCUCAUAUCACACUCUUUGACCUAAAGUCAUCUACUGUGGGUCUAUGAAAAAAUAUCUGCAUUAGACCCAUCUUCCAAGAAGAUUAUACAUUUAUUUAUCUUCAUUCAUUCUAUCUGUGUGUUUCACUCUGUCUCCCUCUGCAGGGCUUACCCGGAGAGAAGGCUGUUCUUGGCUCCUAUGACAACAUCGGCCUUGGCCAAGUCUUUCAGGUGAGUUCUUAAUUGGGUCUUUUAAAAGUUGAUCAGAAACAACAUUCUGCAUUGUACUGCAACCCCACAAAUUCAGUACUAUUUUAUUAAUGAUUAAAAGUAUCACACACCAUAAUAUUCUUCUAGGUAUGCAUUAUGUAUAACAGUCCCCUGUGCAGUACAAAGUCUCACCUUCAUUUUCUACUUUUCUACCUUUUAUUAUUCCUGCAGGGCCCCCCAGGGCCACCAGGGCCCCCAGGAGGCCAAGGGCCAAAGGUGAGAGUGGUGUUUGAGAUGUGCCUGAGUGGUUAAGGCGAUGGACUGCUAAUCCAUUGUGCUGUGCAUGCAUGGGUUUGAAUCCCAUCCUUGUCUGUGGAAGAGAUUUUGUUCUGGAGAGAUUGUCAUUGUAGCCUAUAUAUUAUAUAUAUUAUACACAAUGCACAGUGUGUCGGUUAUAUUGUUUUACAUUUACAUUUAAGUCAUUUAGCAGACGCUCUUAUCCAGAGCGACUUACAGUUAGUGAGUGCAUACAUUAUUUAAUUUUUCAUACUGGCCCCCCGUGGGAAGCGAACCCACAACCCUGGCGUUGCAAACGCCAUGCAACUGAGCUACAGCCCUGCUGGCCAUUCCCUCCCCUACCCUGGACGACGCUGGGCCAAUAUUGCGCCGCCCCAUAUUAUCUGACUGUAAGUCGUUCUGGAUCAGAGUGUCUGCUAAAUGACCAAAAUGUACACUACCAGUCAAAAGUUUGGACACAGCUACUCAUUCAAGGGUUUUUCUUUUUUUUCUUCUUUUUUUUUAAAUUGUAGAAUAAUAGUGAAGACAUCAAACUUAUGAAAUAACACAUAUGGAAUCAUGUAGCAACCAUACAUGUGUUCAACGGAUCAAAUUAUAUUUUAUAUUUGAGAUUCUUCAAAUAGCCACCCUUAACCUUGAUGACAGCUUUGCACACUCUUGGCAUUCUCUCAACCAGCUUCAUGAGGUAGUCACCUGGAAUGCAUUUCAAUUAACAGGUGUGCCUUCUUAAAAGUUAAUUUGUGGAAUUUCUUUCCUUCUUAAUGCGUUUGAGCCAAUCAUUUGUGUUGUGACAAGGUAGGGGGGUAUACAGAAGAUAGCCCUAUUUGGUAAAAGACCAAGUCCAUAUUAUGUCAAGAACAGCUCAAAUAAGCGAAGAGAAACAACGGUCCAUCAUUACUUUAAGACAUGAAGGUCAGUCAAUCCGGAAAAUAUCAAGAACUUUUAAAGUUUCUUCAAGUGCAGUCGCAAAAACCACAAAGCGCUAUGAUGAAACUGGCUCUCAUGAGGACCGCCACAGGAAUGGAAGACCCAGAGUUACCUCUGCAGCAGAGGAUAAGUUCAUUAGAGUUACCAGCCUCAGAAAUUGCAGCCCAAAUAAAUGCUUCACAGAAUUCAAGUAACAGACACAUCUCAACAUCAACUGUUCAGGAUGGACUGUGUGAAUCAGGCCUUCAUGGUCGAAUUGCUGCAAAGAAACCACUACUAAAGGACACCAAUAAGAAGAGACCUGCGUGAGACGCGUGUGGGUGAAUGGAUGAUCUCUGCAUGUGUAGUUCCCACCGUAAAGCAUGGAGGAGGAGGUGUUAUGGUGUAGGACACUGUCUGUGAUUUAUUUAGAAUUCAAGGCACACUUAACCAGCAUGGCUACUACAGCAUUCGGCAGCGAUACGCUAUCCCAUCUGGUUUGCGCUUAGUGGGACUAUAAUUUUUUUUUUCAACAGGAAAAUGACCCAACACACCUCCAGGCUGUGUAAUGGCUAUUUUACCAAGAAGGAGAGUGAUACUAUCGGAGGAUUAGAAAUCCAGGGCUUAAAAACAAAGGUGUCAUUGUACACUGAUGAUUCAUGUUUUCUUUUAAAUCCACAACUAGAAUCCCUCCACAGCCUCAUAGAGGAUCUAGAUACAUUUUCUAACCUCUCUGGAUUACAACCAAAUUAUGACAAAUGUACUAUAUUACGUAUUGGAUCACUAAAAAAUACAAUUUUUACAUUACAAUGUAGUUUACCAAUAAAAUGGUCUGAUGGAGAUGUGGAUAUACUCGGAAUACAUAUCCCAAAGGAAAUAAAUGAUCUCACUUCAAUAAAUUAUAAUAGAAAGUUAGCAAAAAUAGAUGUCACACCCUGGCUCUGGGACUCUAUAUGUUGAGCCAGGGUGUGUAUAUUCUAUGUAUUGUAUUUCUGUGUUGGCCCGAGUGGUUCCCAAUCAGAGGCAACGAGUGUCAGCUGUUGCUGGUUGUCUCUGAUUGGGAGCCAUAUUUAUAGAGGCUGUUUUCCCACAAUAGUUGUGGGAUCUUGUUCCAGUUGGUUUGUUCCUUUUGGUUUGUACUUUUGGACGUCACGGUAUCGUUUAUUGUUUUGUUCGAGUGUUUACUCUCUUUAAAUAAAGUAUGUUCGUUCAUCACGCUGCGCCUUGGUCUACUCCGUUCCACGAUCGUGACAGAAGAUCCCACCAUACCCGGACCAAGCAGCGUGUCCAGGAGCAGGCGGCCUGGACAUGGGAGGAAGCGCCGGGAAAGGAGCUGGAGAGGUUGGCGAUGGCCCAGGUGGGCAAAUCGUGGUCCUGGGAGGACAUGCUCGGGGGCAAAGGGCCAUGGGCUAAGAUUAAGGCCCUGGCGAGAGAGGAGCAACGGCGUCAACAGUGUCGUCGUCGGACGGACGAGAGGCAACCCCAGAAAAUUUUUAGGGGGGGGCACACGGCAUGGGCGACUGGGCAGCAGGAGGCUGCCACAGGGCGAAUUGGGAGAUUAGGAGAGGAGGCCACCGGGUUUGGGGGGCCAGAAGGCAGGUUGGCGGAGCCUGGAUGGAGAGCAGAGCCAACUCCCCGUACUCAGGCAUGGCAGCAUGAGACUGGGCAGGUUCCGCGGUAUGCGGAGCUGCGUACUGUGCCACGAGUGGUCCGGCAUAGUCCGGUACGUCCUGUGCGAGCACCCCGCACGUGUCGUGCGAAGGGGGGCAUGCAGCCAGGACGGAGUGUGCCGGCUCAGCGCUUGUGGUCUCCAGUGCCUCUCCUCGGUCCCGGAUAUCCUGCGCCAGUGUCACGUGCUGUUAUGCCAGUACGGGUACACAGCCCUGUACGUCCUGUGCUGAUGCCUCACACAGAGUGUGUGAAGGUAGGCAUUCAGCCAGGACGGGUUGUGGCAGCUCUUCACUCCAGGCCUCCUAUCCGUCUCCACAGCCCGGCCCGGCCUGUUCCUGCUCCUCACACCAAGCCUACGGUGCGCGUCGCCAGCCCGGCCCGGCCUGUUCCUGCCACUCGCACCAAGCCUACGGUGCGCGUCGCCAGCCCGGCCCGGCCUGUUCCUGCUCCUCGCACCAAGCCUACGGUGCGCGUCGCCCCAGCCCGGCCCCCGGUGUUCCUGCCAUGCACCAAGCCCACGGGCGGCGCCAGCCCGGGCCCGGCCCGUUCCUGCCAAUCCACCCAAACCUACGGUCGGCGCCACCCGGGCCCGUUCCUCCCCCUUUGCACAAGCCUACGGUGGGUCGCCAGCCGGGCCCCGGCCGUUCCCGCCCCCCGCACCAGCCAGGUGCGCGUUUAAAACCCCCCCGGCCCGUUCCCGCCCCUUUGCACCAAGCCUAGGGGGUGCUGCCAGCCCCGGCCCGCCGUUUGCCCCCCGAAAGCCAGGGUGGUUGAGGGCCCGGGGUGUUUUUUGGGGAAAGGGUGGUGAGGGGGCCGUUCCUGAGAAAAGCCUACGGUGGGCGUCCAGCCCCCUGGCCCGUUCCGCCCAGCACCAAGCCAGGGGGGCGCAUCGUCAGCCCGGUCCGGCCCGUUCCGCUCCACGCACCAACCCGGGGGCGCAUCGUAGCCCCGGGCCGGCCCCUUCCCCUCCACGCAAAGCCGGGGUGCGGUCUCGCCCGGUCGCCGUUCCUGUCCACGCACCAAGCCAGGGGUGCGAGUAGUCAGCCCGCGUCCGGCCCGGUCCUGCCUCCACGACACCAAGCCAGGGGUGAGAGUCGUCAGCCCGGUGGCCCGUUCCUGCUCCACGCACCAAAAAGCCAGGCGGUGCGCAUCGUCAGCCCGGUCCGGCCGUUGUGCUCCACGCACCAAGCCAGGGGUGCCGCAUCGUACAGCCCUGGUCCGGCGCCCGUUCCUGCUCCAACCGCACCAAGCCAGCGGGUGGCGAGUCGUCAGUCCGGCACAACCCGUGCCUGGGUCACCGUGCCUGGUCAGGUACCGGUCAGCUGCUCCACACCGGAGCUUAAGCAAUCCGCUCCUACGAUGUCCAGUCCAGCUCCAGCCAGCGGGGCCAGACCGGACCAGGGGCGCUACGGGGGGAUUAUGGGAGGGUGGUGGGCGAGCCCGGAGCCGCUUCCGUGGAGGAAUGCCCACCCAGCCCCCCCCCGGUUUGUUUAUGUUUAGGCGCGGUCGCAGUCCGCGCCUUUAGGGGGGGGUACUGUCACACCCUGGCUCUGGGACUCUAUAUGUUGAGCCAGGGUGUGUAUAUUCUAUGUAUUGUAUUUCUGUGUUGGCCCGAGUGGUUCCCAAUCAGAGGCAACGAGUGUCAGCUGUUGCUGGUUGUCUCUGAUUGGGAGCCAUAUUUAUAGAGGCUGUUUUCCCACAAUAGUUGUGGGAUCUUGUUCCAGUUGGUUUGUUCCUUUUGGACGUCACGGUAUCGUUUAUUGUUUUGUUCGAGUGUUUACUCUCUUUAAAUAAAGUAUGUUCGUUCAUCACGCUGCGCCUUGGUCUACUCCGUUCCACGAUCGUGACAAUAGAUAAGAUCUUGCUACCAUGGAAAGGUAAAUAUCUGUCAAUUUGUGGAAAAAUCACCCUGAUUAACUCUUUAGUAUUAUCCCAGUUUACCUAUUUGCUUAUGUUCUUGCCUACGCCUAGCGAACAGUUUUUUAAAUUAUAUGAGAAAAAAAUAUUCCAUUUUAUUUGGAACGGCAAGCCAGACAAAAUUAAACGGGCCUAUUUAUAUAAUGAAUAUGAAUUCGGAGGACAGAAAUUAUUAAAUAUUAAAGCAUUAGACCUAUCACUAAAAGCUUCAGUCAUACAAAAGUUAUACUUAAAUCCGAACUGGUUCUCUAGCAAAUUAGUAAGACUGUCUCACCCAAAGUUCAAGAAUGGCCUUUUUCCCUUUAUUCAGAUUACAACCACUCACUUCAGUUAUUUGAAAAGGAAAUCAUCUCCCAAAUAUCACUAUUUCUAAAACAAGCCAUAGAAAGUUGGUUGCAAUUUCAAUUUAAUCCUCCAGAAACUACAGAACAAAUAAUGCAACAAAUAUUGUGGUUAAAAUCAAAUAUACUAAUUGACAAAAACACUUUUUUUUUGACAAAUUUUUUUAAAAAGGUAUAAUCUUCGUAAAUGAUAUCAUCGGUAGGACUGGUGGAGUUAUGUCGCACAUGCAGCUAACAAAAACAUAUGGAAAUGUCUGCUCUACCCAAAAUUACAACCAAAUAAUUGCAGACUUACCGCAAAAAUGGAAGAGGAAAGUGGAAGGGGGAGAAAGUAAGGAACUUGUCUGUCGGCCUUGCAUUAAAGAACAACAUUGGUUAAAGAAAACUGUGAUAAAUAAAAAAGUAUAUCAGUUUCAUUUAAGGACCAAAGGAUUGACAUCCCAUAUAGAUUGCAAAAUAGUUGGGAAGAGAUUUUUGACAUACCGAUCCCAUGGCAUAGUGUUUAUGAACUGAUACGCAAAACGACACCGGAUUCAAAAAUUAAAAUCUUUCCAUUUAAAUUAUUAUAUAAAAUUCUUGCUACCAAUAUAAUGUUAUUUAUAUGGGGGAUACAAUCUUCCCAGCUCUGCAGAUUUUGCUGCGAAGAGACAGAAUCAUUAGAUCAUUUGUUUUGGUACUGUCCAUUUGUAGCUUGUUUUUCGACACAGGUCCAGGAAUGGCUAAAGGAUUGCAAUAUUUACCUGGAGCUAACAUUGCAGAUAGCAUUACUGGGUGAUCUGAAAUGUCAUAGUCAAUCGAUCAAUAAUAUAAUAAUACUUUUAGCAAAAAUGUUUAUUUUUAAUUCACAAUCUGUAGAAACAAUGAGAAUAGAAAGGUUCAGAAUUUUUGUAAAACAGCACAGUACAGUUGAAAUAUAUAUGGCAAAUAGAAAUCCUAUAUGGAUGGUGUUAAGAGAUAGAUGGGAGGUGUUGAAUGGAGCUGAAGGAUGGGACUAAUAACAAUUAACAACAAAAUAAUAACAAGAUAACUAAUAAUGUAAGCAUUCUGUGUCCAUAAUAAGUAUAUAGGUUGUAUGUUGGGAGCUUUGAGAAAGAGCACAGUUAGAAAUAUAUGGCAUAUAGAAGCAAACUGGAUGGACAUCAUGAAAAUGAUUGGAGAGGUUGAGAGUAGAAGAAGUUCAGGAGAAGAAAAAAAUAUAAAUAUAUAUAAUUAUUGUAAAAUUGACUGUGUCCAUAAAAUGUAGAUAGUAAGUAUAAGCUGGAAGUAGAGGCCUAAGUAUUGUUGUUCACUAGUUUACCCAAAGUAGGGAAAGGGUGGCGGGGUUGGAAAGUAAUAAAGGGGAAUAUAUACAGUGGGGGAAAAAAAGUAUUUAGUCAGCCACCAAUUGUGCAAGUUCUCCCACUUAAAAAGAUGAGAGAGGCCUGUAAUUUUCAUCAUAGGUACGCGUCAACUAUGAAAGACAAAAUUAGGAAAAAAAAUCCAGAAAAUCACAUUGUAGGAUUUUGAAUGAAUUUAUUUGCAAAUGAUGGUGGAAAAUAAGUAUUUGAUCAAUAACAAAAGUUUCUCAAUACUUUGUUAUAUACCCUUUGUUGGCAAUGACACAGGUCAAACGUUUUCUGUAAGUCUUCACAAGGUUUUCACACACUGUUGCUGGUAUUUUGGCUCAUUCCUCCAUGCAGAUCUCCUCUAGAGCAGUGAUGUUUUGGGGCUGUCGCUGGGCAACACAGACUUUCAACUCCCUCCAAAGAUUUUCUAUGGGGUUGAGAUCUGGAGACUGGCUAAGCCACUCCAGGACCUUGAAAUGCUUCUUACGAAGCCACUCCUUCGUUGCCUGGGUGGUGUGUUUGGGAUCAUUGUCAUGCUGGAAGACCCAGCCACGUUUCAUCUUCAAUGCCCUUGCUGAUGGAAGGAGGUUUUCACUCAAAAUCUCACGAUACAUGGCCCCAUUCAUUCUUUCCUUUACACGGAUCAGUCGUCCUGGUCCCUUUGCAGAAAAACAGCCCCAAAGCAUGAUGUUUCCACCCCCAUGCUUCACAGUAGGUAUGGUCUUAUUUGGAUGCAUCUCAGCAUUCUUUGUCCUCCAAACACGACGAGUUGAGUUUUUACCAAAAAGUUAUAUUUUGGUUUCAUCUGACCAUAUGACAUUCUCCCAAUCCUCUUCUGGAUCAUCCAAAUGCACUCUAGCAAACUUCAGACGGGCCUGGACAUGUACUGGCUUAAGCACGGGGACACGUCUGGCACUGCAGGAUUUGAGUCCCUGGCGGCGUAGUGUGUUACUGAUGGUAGGCUUUGUUACUUUGGUCCCAGCUCUCUGCAGGUCAUUCACUAGGUCCCCCUGUGUGGUUCUGGGAUUUUUGCUCACCGUUCUUGUGAUCAUUUUGACCCCACGGGGUGAGAUCUUGCGUGGAGCCCCAGAUCGAGGGAGAUUAUCAGUGGUCUUGUAUGUCUUCCAUUUCCUAAUAAUUGCUCUCACAGUUGAUUUCUUCAAAACAAGCUGCUUACCUAUUGCAGAUUCAGUCUUCCCAGCCUGGUGCAGGUCUACAAUUUUGUUUCUGGUGUCCUUUGACAGCUCUUUGGUCUUGGCCAUAGUGGAGUUUGGAGUGUGACUGUUUGAGGUUGUGGACAGGUGUCUUUUAUACUGAUAACAAGUUCAAACAGGUGCCAUUAAUACAGGUAACGAGUGGAGGACAGAGGAGCCUCUUAAAGAAGAAGUUACAGGUCUGUGAGAGCCAGAAAUCUUGCUUGUUUGUAGGUGACCAAAUACUUAUUUUCCACCAUAAUUUGCAAAUAAAUUCAUAAAAAAUCCUACAAUGUGAUUUUCUGGAUUUUUUUUCCUCAGCUUGUCUGUCAUAGUUGACGUGCACCUAUGAUGAAAAUUACAGGCCUCUCUCAUCUUUUUAAGUGGGAGAACUUGCACAAUUGGUGGCUGACUAAAUACUUUUUUCCCCCACUGUAUAUAAAAAACAUGGGGGAUUGGAAGUGAUGCAGACAAUUACAUUGAUGGAAGUUACAAUCUAUCUGCAAUAUUAAGCUGAUCUACCCCCCAAAAAAUAAAAAUAAAUAAUAAUAAAAUUUGAAAAACACUCAAACAAAAAACAAAACAAUAUUUUUAAAAAGAAGGAGAGUGAUGGAGUGCUGCAUCAGAUGACCUGGCCUCCACAAUCACCCGACCUCAACCCAAUUGAGAUGGUUUGGGAUGAGUCGGACCGCAGAGUGAAGGAAAAGCAGUUAACAAGUGCUCAGCAUAUGUGGGACCUCCUUCAAGACUGUUGGAAAAGCAUUCCAGGUGAAGCUGGUUGAGAGAAUGCCAAGAGUGUGCAAAACUGUCAUCAAGGCAAAGGGUGACUAUUUGAAGAAUCUCAAAUAUAAAAUAUAUUUUGAUUUGUUUAACACUUUUUUCGUUACUACAUGAUUCCAUAUGUGUUAUUUCAUAGUUUUGAUAUCUUCACUAUUAUUCUACAAUGUAAAAAAUAGUAAAAAAGAAAAGAAAAACCCUUGACUGGUACUGUAAGUGUCAAUGUCUCAUAUGUUGGCAUAUGCAGCAUUGGUGCAGUGAACUACAGUAGGGCUUUGGUUUAUGGAUUGACAAUAGGCACACACAUGUUUACCUGUCUCCUUCAUGCCAACAGGGAGAUUCAGGCUCACCUGGUGCACCUGGAGCUGAUGGGGAUAGGGUAAAUGACAUGACUCUGUGAUAAUGAAUUAUUAUUGUACUACACAUCAUAGUAUCCACCUCAUGUUGUGCCUCCUCUCUGUAGGGAGCCAAAGGGGAGAGAGGUGAUGACGGGAUGCCUGGAGUGGCAGGGGAAAAGGGAGAGCGAGGUCUGACGGGCCUAACUGGGUUUGCGGUAAGUGUGAAAUGGGCUGUGUCCUGAUGGAUACCCAAUGGACUAUGAGCAUGGCAUGGUAGCCUAGUAUCCCACUGCCUUGUAUAUUUUGUCCAUAUAAUGUAUUUUUUCUCUCUUAGGGAGCUGACAGCAAAACAGGAGAGAGAGGAGAUUCAAGGUUUGAGGACAAUCUGGUCAGUAACGUUUUAGAUACCGAACUUGUAUCUAUAACAAACUGUUAAGUGUGAUAUCUCAUCAUGGUCGAGUAGUGUUAUAUGAUUGUGUGACCUCUGGUUAUCUUAACUAAUGCUCUCUGCUUCAGGCCCAGAUGAUCUCUAUCGCAGGCCCUCCAGGGCCCCCCGGACCUCCUGGGCUCCAGGGGUUCAUGGUGGGUAACUGGUCUCUCUGUCUUCUUAAUGAUAGGGGGAUAUCAAUAGCUUCAACUCUCUAGAUACCAAUAUUCUCUCUGCAAAAAGAUGACUGUCAAACACUCAAUACUCAACCUGUUCUCAGAGGAACCUAGUAAACCCCAAUGUCUACUUUGUUGUUAAAGUGUUUUAAAUGAUCUAUGUGCUUUAAUAGGCUCUUGUGAUGAACAGUGUUUACAAAAAGAAUGACAUAACAAAUUGUGUUUUUCAGGGACAUCAUGGAAUGCCUGGCCCCAAGGUGGGUAGUCAGGGCUCUGAUCUCCUCCUGCCCCUAGAAGGACACAGGAUUCUUUAGGUUACUAAAGCAGCACUGGAAUGCCCUGUCAUUCAAAAUGUUGCCCUAACAGAAAAUGAAAUGCUGGACGUUAGAAUAGGGGAUGAAAAUUGUAUUUGCAGUAAGUCAGAGAGAAGAUGGAUUGUAGUUAAAAAAGCACCAGCUUGAAAUUGUGCUUUUGUCAAUGUCUCACAGGGGGAACCAGGCGAGAUAGUGAAAGGAGAAAAAGGGGAUGCAGGUGACAGAGGACCUCCUGGGUUAAGGGUAAUUAUCUUCUAUUCCGUGUCACUCAUACUGCAUAUCAGGGUUGGGGUCAAUUCGGAAUUUCUGAAUGUAAUUCAAUUCAACCCAUUAAUUGAAAUUGGAAUUUGAAUUGGACUGGCUCAGAUCCCGGUUCAGAUCCCGGAUGAGCCCCCAGGACCAUGGUUCGAGUUUCAUGUCGGGGUCUUCCAACGAGUGCUGCAACAGUUGGGUGUUGCCUAUUGCUCCUCUAGUGCCUACCACCCAGAGUCUCAAGGUGUUCUUGAGAGAUUUCAUCAGACUUUGAAGUCUAUGUUGUGAGCUUACUGCUUUGAGUUAGAGACAGACUGGGAUGAAGGGGUCUUGUGCUGUUUGCAGCGCGUGAGGUUGUUCAGGAAUCUCUUUGUUUCAGUCCAAAUGAGCUCAUGUUUGGACAUCAUGUCAGAGGUCCGCUAAGCUUGCUGAGAGAGAGGUUGUUGAAGGACCAUAACCCAAAAACGAAAACAAUCCUUUAUCUGUUCUUCCCUGUUUUCAUUUUGCUCCACUUUUUGGUUUGCUUCCUGUCUUUAAGUUUGGUGUGGGUUUUAAUUUUGUUUGCCUCUUCUUGGGCAAAUUUAGUGGGCGCUCAUGGUGGGUGUCUUUUAGGUCCCAGUUGUUGUUGCUCGUCAGCUUUCAGUGGACACCCCCAUGAGUGUCUUUCAGAACCCCUCCUAAAACCCCACCUGUUUCAUUUUGGUUGUUGUUAGUGAUUCUUUUAGUUCCCCCUUCUGUUUUAGCGACAAUUUUUGGUUUCUUGCUAGGGAAAGUAACAAUAGUGAUGUGUAGAAUAAAUUAACCAUUUUAAUUUCGUUGAAUUCAAUUCCAAUUCUGCUUACUGUGGGGUGUGGCCAAUUCAAAUUAAAUUAAAAUUCAAGAAUUAAAAUUAAUGAGGAAUUAGCAACUAAUUAGCAAGGCCCCAACCCUGCUGCAUAUGACAUUACGGCCCACAUAACUGAUGACACUAUUUCUGCACACAGGGUAUUCAGGGUAUUCCAGGUUCUACAGGAUUGGUUGGUCUCCCUGGCACCAUAGGGAGAAAGGUUAGCAGCAUUUUUCAUAUGACCUGUUUGUAGAGGAAAUGUACAGGGCAUCAGAGACCCUUGCAGUAUUUUCAAAAUAAGCUGCUUCUGAAUUAACUUCAAUCAUAUUUAAUUUCAACAGGGAGAGCAAGGAUUGCCGGGAUUAGAUGUAAGUGUGUCUAAAUCUGUCACAUCCCCCCUGCUACUAGUCUGGUUGAUAAAGACCCUUCAUUAACCACUACCUCUCUCCAUGUCAGGGUUUCCCCGGGCUGAUGGGAGAAAAAGGGGACAGAGGGGACAGAGGAGAGAAGGUGGGCAUCAGCCACAACAGUGGCUACUGCGGCAAUGUUUAUUAAUCUUCUCUUACCUAACAUGUUAUAGUAAAAUCUGGAGAAGACAUUGAUGCUCGAUGAGAGGUUUGUCUCCUCUGUGGUCCUCUGUAGUUCAGUUGGUAGAGCAUGGCACGUGCAACGCUUGGAUAGUGGGUUUGAUUCCUGGAACCACCCAUACGUAAAAUGUUUUUAUGCAGGCCUGACUAAGUCCCUUUCGAUAAAAGCAUCCGCUAAAUAUAUUAUUAUAUAUUAUUGUUGUCACUCUUCUCUCUCAGGGUGACAGGGGGAUGCUGGGAAAGAAGGGACUGAAGGGACAGAAGGGCGAGCAGGGCCCCCCUGGACUGGACCAGCCCUGUCCU